AUGCUAGACGCCUUUCUCCUUAUUCUCACAUCCGUAAAGCCGCUGCAAGAGAGCAUCAAUAUCAAGAACCCCGGCACCUACAGCUGGCAGAUCAAAAUCCCCCAUAACAUUCUCGCACAGACGGAUGAGUUCGUGCUGCGCUUCGAGAUUCCGAACACGGAUUCGCGGACGACGUACACCGGGAGCAAGUACCAGAUAUCGUCGAAUGGCCUCAUUACUGUAGCGGGAGAGGCGGCUAGCUCUUCUGCUUCCUCCUCUGCAGCGCCCACUCCCAGCUCUACGUCUUCAGUGGAGCCAAGCUCACGCUCCACAUCGUCUCCAACAUUCUUACCGACAACGACAUCGACACCAAGCCCAACUACGCUGCCAUCGACAUCCACAUCAGAAGCAUCAUCACUCCAACCAACCACAACACCAACCCCCUCCCACGGUCUCAGCACAGGCGCCAAAGCCGGCAUAGGCGUCGGCUGUGCCAUCGCCGGUCUCGCCCUUCUCGCUCUCGUCGCCUUCCUCCUCUUCAAGCGCAGAAACCGCAGUGGCCCUGUUCUUGCUCCGUACCCGGCCGACCCGUAUCCCGGUGCAGACAACAAGAACCAGCCGGUGCCGAUAGUUGAGAUGGGGUCGGACUAUCCGCCGCAUGAACUGCAUGGGAAUGCGUCCCCGCAGGCGCAAGCACAAGGGGGUUAUGGGUAUCCGCCCGCGACUGUAAGCGAACAGGGGUAUCCUCCCGCGGAGAUGGGCGUGUAUCCUCAGGGGUGGGAGCGGCGGUGA